AUGGCGCUCUCCACCACGCGCUCGCACGAGACUGUGGUGGUGCAUAAGGAUGAUGCUAUAAGACCUUUUUCAUUGAUCGCGCUACUGCUCUACACUUGUCGCGCUAUGGCGCCGUCCACACCAGGAGCGACUCCCACCCACCGUCCCACCGCCAGACUUUCAUUCAACUGCGUUACGAAGCGUACAAGCACAAAGACUGCCUCCCAGCUUAUCGAUGCCACUCGACCAGUUCAAACAGUGGUCACUCUACUAAUUCGGGAGAUUGUGUGUCAACCGAAACACUACUACCACACUGUAUCCGCGCGCAAUCACCGCCAACACGAUGCAUCAUCUCUCCGUCUGCCCACCACCGCCCUCCACGCCGCCCAUCUGACAAAGCCUGCGCUUUUCUCCGUGAAAACAGACACUUCCUCGCACUUGACCCUGGAGAUCUGUCCAUUAGUGAAGUCCGGCCGGCUGCCACACAUGGCAUCCCAAACAGUUGCAAAGGAGCGCACACUCGAUCUGGACGAGAGCACGCUCCGAGGGACACGGAACGGGCAUAUGGGAUGUGGGGACCGACCCAGCUCGAUUCCCAGCUUUCGACCAUCCCCUCAUCUCGGUCCACGACGUCUCUCACGCCUGCCUAAAUCCGUCGCAGCUACCGCACCGACCGCCUCCAUUCAGACCAGCAAGGGAUUGUUCGGCAUCACUCUCAAGAAUGGCAGCCAGUCCUGGGAACUCGACGAGCUCAUGGAAGGGGAGCAAGCGGCCGAUCCGCCGCACAUUGGCCAGCAUGGCAGCGCCAAACAGGCCACGCGGCAAGGCAAAGCGCACACCGAAGGCCAAGGCGAACGCCACCCCCAAUGCCAAAGUAAAGGCCACGACAGUCAGCACACCCCGCAUCAACUCCCAGCUGGGGAGCGAAGCAGUUUAUCCAAGCCGGCGAAGCCAAAGCGCGGAAAAAAGAGGGCCAAGCCAUCUACGCCAGCCGAGCCCGCUGAUCCGAACCUCGACAGUGACACCGACGCCGACCUCUCAUCAACGAUGGCGCCCAAGCUAGUGGGGUAG